AUGGAUUUGAAUGGCAUAUCACAAAAUGCUAAUGAAGUCUCAGAUUUCUCAAAAAGCCAGCAAUCAAAUGUAACAAGAAGUACAAUUGGAAAUAGCAGCUUAUUUAAAUCCCGUGAAAAUUCCUCUGCAUACACCAGAAUUUUUACAAAGAAAAAUCUUCAAACCCAUUUGCUACCAGAAUUUCUAAAGCCCAAACGCAAAAAGAAUUCUGGAUUAACCCAUCAAAAAUUGCAAACUUUAAAUUUAAAUAAGCCUCAAAACUCUGAUGUUUUGGCCAGCUGGAUAAGCUCGGACUCUCAAAAUGAAGAAUUUCAGCAGCUAAGCAUACGAGCCCUAGAUUCAUUUAGCAAUCGGCUGCGCUUGACAUCAGAAAAAAUUGAGCAGAUAAGAAAAAUUGAAGAAAUCCUAGCAGAUAUAUUUGAGUGCAGGGUCAAAUGACUUUGCCUUUUUGAUAGUGUCCAUUUCACCGAAAAAUUGAUCGAAAAUUUUUGAUAGUGAGACAUUUGACCGAAAAAAACAGUUAAUUUUCGAACUAUCAAAAAUUUUCGACCAAAUGGAUUUCGAUGAAAAAUACAUUGUCAAAAAUCCACGGUCUUUUGACAUGGAGUGAUAUAUUUAAUCCAGAAAAAGAUCCAGACGAAGUAAUUUUGCGGAUUCGAAAUCAAUCAUUAACGAGGAGCGAGCUAAGGUCUUUUAACGAACCUGUAGACUUGCCUGAAAAGAUCGUGAACACAUACAUGAGAAUGCUAAAAGCAAGCUAUAAACGUCAAAAAGCUGAAAUGAGAGGGAGAGUUCUGAUAUCGAGAUCAGAUUUUUCGGAAGAGGUUUUUUCCGGUUCUAAAAACAUUAUCCAUUCAAAAGAAAACAUUUUGAAUUAUACCUAUCUUCUCUUUCCUUUGCACGCCGAUCAUUGGACUUUACUCGUCCUUAACACAAAGGAAAAGCAAGUGUAUUAUUACGACCCUUCCAAAGAGCAUCUACAAAUUCAUAGUUUGUUGAGUGGGCUUUUUAGCUUUUUAAGAGGGUUUUUAUUGACUCAUCAUAGCAUAUCUCUUGAUGAAAGCGAGUGGAGGAACCUCUUCUAUGUACCAAGCAAACUUGUGAAGAGCCACUUAGCUCAAGAUAGCGGCGUUUAUGGGGUGAGGUUAAUUAAAGAGAACUUGACUUUUUUCACCCGUGCCAAAACCUAUACAAAUCACUGCAAUUUUCAAAAUGUUUUUUUGGUAUAGAAUAGUAUAAAUGCUACUAUUGGAAUUUUUCAAAAUAGAGGUGAAUAAAAAGGUUUUUACAACAGAAAAAAAGUGUAUUAAAAAUCUAUAUUCUACCACGACGAAGCAAAUUUAAGAUAGAAAGCUUAAGAUUUUUAUAUGCACUUUUUCCUCUUUUUUCUGUUUUUAAAAAAGCAUUUAUUUUUUCCACCUAUUUGGAAAAAAUUCAAAAAGUACCGUUAGUACUUUUCAUACCAAAAAACCAUUUUUAAUAAUUACAGCUAUUUUUAUAGAUUUUUGGGGGUUGAAGAAGUGCAGUACAAUUUAUUUCCUCACCCGCAUUUAUGUGUGCAUGAAAGCUGAACUUAUUAUCAACGAUAACAAAGAAGAAAUGCCAUUGGAAGAUUAUAGAAAAGAUAUGUUGGUCGCACUGAUUAAAGCUAGUCUUGAGUAA